UCAAAUGAAUGUAGUGAGUAAAAAGUGCAAUAUUUGCCUCCAAAAUGUAGGAGUGGAAGCAGAAAGUGAGAGUACCUCAAAACUGUAUUUAAGUACAGUACCUGAGCAAAUGUACUUGUACACAGACACCAUAACAAUGCUGUCACUAUAUUGGUGCACCUUGAGUGCCAGUAGAUGUCAGCAUACUUCAGACAGACCUGACACUGUGUAGUACCACUUGUACACCUUGCGACAUCUCAAGUUUAUCAAGCAGUCCCUUUUUUCCCCAGUCAGUAUUUAUAUCAUUAUUCACACAAACUCUAUUAGCUAGCUGGGCAAGACUACAACCCCUACACAGUAGCAGCUAAUGCUAAUUAGCCUCCAAGUUGCAUUUAAGGUCCAAAAUGAUGCAAAUGUAUUGAAUGACUCAUACUAAUAGAGUGAAAAAGGUGUAUUCUGCUUCUCGUAUGUAAUUAUAACACACUGCUAUGAGUUUAUUGUAGUUUUUAGUUGAGUUAUUCGCCGGUGUCGCACCCCCACCUGUCCGUGGGAGGGUGCCCGGCCUGCCUCAGGAUCACUCCGGCAGGUCCCCUCGGGUUCCUGCCGUUGAUCCCUCUCAGCUGACGUCAGGAGAAAUGGCGGACCAGGAUGGCAGCGACGCAUCUCCUCCCGAGUCCCAAGCGUCUUACUCCCAGUAUAGAUCGGAGGAUGGCAGAGCGUCUUCAGCCACCCGCCCUAGCUCGGCGGGCUCCGGGCAGACCUACACCCCCACCGUGACCUCCACCCCCACCCCCACACCGACUCGCACCACCAGCAGCCCAAGUAACAAUGCUCCCAACAAGACAGACUCGUUGCUCUUCAACAAGAUUGACGAGAGACAGAGGUUAGCCCGUGAACGUCGCGGGGAGCGUGAGAAACAGAAUGCCAUCAAGGAGGCCCAGUGGCAGGCGCGUGAGGAGCGAGCCAGGCAGCACUAUGAGAAGCAACUUGAGGAGAAGAAGAGAAAGCUGGAGGAGCAGAGGGUUAAGGAGGACAAGAGACGGGCUGCCGUGGAGGAGAAACGACGGCAGAAAAUGGAGGAAGACAAGGCUCGUCACGAGGCGGUGAUUCGGCGGACGUUGGAGAGGAGCCAGAGAACUAGACAGAAGCCCAACCGAUGGUCUUGGGGAGGGGCACUGCACACAAACACUCCCAGCACACCAGCCGAUUCUGACAGACGGUCAGUGUCCACAAUGAAUUUAUCCAAACACACAGACCCUGUUAUUACCAAACGCCUCUCCUCAUCCUCAGCCACACUCCUGCACUCACCGGACCGAGGCUUACAGAUGAGAACAGCCUCCUCCCCUGUCAUUAGCAAAGCUCAGUCUAAACCCCGCCUACAACAAGGAAGGACCCCCCAGCACAAAAACACAGGCCUGCGCCGUCUUCCACUGACGCCAUGGGAGAGCAACGUGGUGAACCGCCUGCAGCAGCCAACACACUCCUACUUGGCUCGUAGCCGCAGCGCCAUGAGUCUGUCUGGGGAGCAAACAGCCAUGCCUGUGUGUCCUCGCUCAGUGUCCUGCCACCCCAUGGGCUCCAUGUCCUUUAAGGCCCUGCAGGCUCAGCCGCUUCCUCACUGCCGCAGCCACGACAGGAGCCUCAGCAGGGAGACGGCCUCGUCUUCUGCCAAGACUGCCCGCAGGAAGACCACUGGCACCAUACAGAGCAAGGACCGUGACCAUGUCAGGAAGUCAUGGAGCAACCUGUCUCUACCAUUGGCUCCCAUUCUGACUUUGCCUCCCAAAAAGUGCUCCUCCUUACUGGGCAAAAAGACUAACCCUAACCCCACCAGCAAAGUGACAGCGACCUCUCCUGGCAGGCCUCCACAAAAGUCAGCAGGGCGGCCCCCAACCCCCAAGCUGCUUAAGUCUCCGGGAGCAGAGGACCCUGGAAAUCUUCGUCCUUUCAGGAUCACACCCGAGAUCCCCCAGCCCACCAGAGCCCAAGGAGAGGAGGAGGAAGAGCAGGUCCUCAGUCCUCCUCAGCCUCGGCCUCAGCCGCUCGGGCAGAACAAGUCAAGUAGUGAUCAUAUACCAGCAACAGCAUCCAGUGAGAAUAUAAGCAGUCCCCCAGCCUACAAGCCCUCAGCAGGCACCACAGAUCCCGAGGAGGCGAGCCGAAUCCUGGCUGAGAAUCGCCGGCUGGCCCGUGAGCAGAGAGAGAGAGAGGAAGAGGAGCGCAGGCAACAGGAGGAGCAGGCGAGGUUAGCGAAGGAGGAGAUGGCUCGCCGGAAGGCCGAGGAGCGAGCAAAGAGAGAGGAGGAGGCUCAGCGCCUGGCAGAAGAGAGGAGAGCGAAGGAGGAGGAGGAGGAGAAGAAGGAGGAGGAAGAGAGACUUCAGAGAGAGAGAGAAGAGGCAGAGAGACUCCAGAAACAGAAAGAGGAGGAAGAGUCUCGACAGAAAGAGGAGGCGGAACGACUGAGGCAGGAGAGGGAGAAACACUUUCAGAAAGAGGAGGCCGAACGCCUGGAGAGAAAAAAGCGUCUGGAGGAGAUCAUGAAGAGGACAAGACGUUCAGACACAGCAGAGAAGAAAGUUGUCCCAAACAGGAAUGGAGACAGUGCAGCAGCUCCGAGUCCAUCUGCAGUGACCGCAUCACCGACGCACAGUAGUAACGGUCGCCAGCCUGACUCCAACCCGAACCCCAACACCUCAGAGCUGAGCCAUCCUGACCAGAGGGAGAACGGGGAGUUUGAAGAGGUGAUCGAACUGCCUUCACAUUCCAGGCUGACUCCUCCUGAGGGAGAGGAGGAGGCACAGCAUCAAGAGGAAGAGGAGAGAGUUCCUGUUGUAGCCUUCAGAGAGAACGGUCUCCUAAAGCCUCUCAGUGGAAUAGAGGACAUAUCAGCCCAACAGGGUCCAGAUGUUGCCUGAUGCCCUGUUCGACCGAGAUGAUUCCACGCCCAGAGAGACAGGAAGUGAGAUGGUCAGAGAGAGGUAGCACAGAGCUGUACAAAGGAAGGACUCGCUGCGUCACAGCCAGAGGUUUUACUUACUUUGUCAUGCUACAGAAGCGCACCGCGGCCACUUCCCAAAGAUGGUGUCUCCUCCAAAGAUCUCCUUAAAAGCAUCUCCAGAGAGAAGUUCCUGUCCCCCUACAAACUGUGUGGGGAGACGUGCCUCUCUGUCUCUGACCAUGAUCACACUUGGUCCUAAUGUUCUCUGUACAGCCCCAAACUACCCCUCAUUCUGAAGCGAAUGUCCUGAAGUCACAGGAGGCCAUUGAGCACCUGUUCCAUCAUGUGAAUCUCUUGAGAUGUGUGUAUGUGUGUUUGUGUGUGUAAGAGAGAGAAUGAGAGACUAAUAAUAAUGUAAACUGAGAUCAGCUGUAAAGUCUUCAGCCGUGAUACUUGAAGAGUUUUUUUUUUCCCCUGUCGCUGUAGAACACACUGUAAUCAGACUGACAAAAUCAGUGGCGUUAAAACUGGAACUCGCUCAACAGGCUUUGAAUUACAGGGUUUCAUUAACGCAGUUUGCUCUCUUUGACUGGAACCUCCUAAUUCUCAUGUUUCUAUUGAAACAUUAGAGAAGAAAUGGGAUGUAGGAGUGCAUGAAGUUGUAUUAAACCUACAGGAAAGUGUCGUGUAAUAUAUUUUUGCUGUGUCUACAGUGUUUAAGACUAUAGGUUAUUACUGGGGUGAGGCAGGGGCGUCCUGGAGCUCAAGUUAAUGAGAAAAUGAAAAUACUGUUCUCUCAGAAAAACUGAGAAUUAGGGUGAAAACUACUGAUUUUUUGUUUAGUUCUAUUUAAUUGCUGUACAGAUGAAAUGUGAUUCUUUGUUUUCGUCCUCAUCCUGUCUUUGCUUUCUGUUAAAAUUAAGAAAAAAAGAAAAUCUGCUUUGACGUUAAGUCCUGCUUUUUUCCUCUCAAUUGUUUACCCCCUCGAUGCUGCAUCGUACGGUCUUGAAGGACACAGCCACCUUUUGUCAGAGGUUAACCUUUGUUUUGGCCCAAGUAAACAAUUAAGUUAAUUAAGUUUGUGAUGUUAGCUUUGAAAUAAUCGGAUUAAUUUGCUCUUUUUUGAUGAAGGAUUUAAGAAGAAAUGCUGCUAAUUUUGAUGUUCCUUUGCCUUACCGCAUCAUAGGAAGAAUGAGGUGACUUGUUUGUACUCAAUGAAGAUACACAUUCCCAUAUGAGCUUUGACAUUCUGGCCACACGCCCGAAAUCUCCAGAGGCUUCCUUUUCUUGAUUUAUGUUGAAAGUAUGAAAUGUUUGUCUGUUAUAUCAUCAUAUAAGAGCUAUACUGUCAAACAGUUUGUACUUUUUAUAACACUUUUUAUGACAGAAAGACAAACGAGGGAUUCAAGUAAAACACUGGAACCCAAACACUACACCUCUCUCUCAGUAACGCUGCUCCCUUAGCAUUUGGUUUGAAACUGCUGCACUUAGUUUCCUCUUUGUUGACCCUGAUGGAAAGAAACCUCUGAAGGAUUACAUGUCUUGAUUAUGUAGUGCUGGUCUUUGCCAGUACUACACAGCAUGCUGUCAUCAUCACGGUGACUUGACGUUGCUCGCAAAUAAAUUGCUUUAACGGAAGCAAAGUCCCUUUGUAAAUGACAUUAUACAUAGAUAUCCUAUAAAUUAUGUUUAAAAGUCGAUAUAUUUUACUAAGACUGACCUCGAGGCUUUGGAAACUAACAAACCCUUUACUUCAGAUGAGGGGCUGUGGGAUGAGAUCUUUGAACCACUGUAAAGCUGAAAACACUGUACAACUGUUGCAGCUGUACUGUUUGGCAAGUAAAUAAAACUUUUUGAACUGA